UUUUAUAUGUUCACCAUUUUCUGAUUAGAAAAAUGAAGAAACAAGGUUUGUAAUGUGAAAUAAAGGACAACAACACUACAAUGGCCUGAUUCAUAUAUACAUUGAUGACAUGAAGAACAAGAAGCAGAAAAACACAGAUGAUAAUCACAUAACUCUCACAACUCCAACCCACAUUUCUUAUUGCAUUACUCUGUAAAAUAACAAACAAAUAACUUUGUGAAUAUGCAUACAAAAAUUCAACAGAUAUGGAGAAUGUGGUGGCCGAAACUCUCAACAUCAUUCAUAAUGAAGGAGAGUCAUUUACCCAAAGGGCAGAAAUGUACUAUAGGAAAAGGCCACAGCUGAUAGGUUAUGUAGAAGAAGUCUAUCGAGCUUAUAGAGCAUUGGCACAGAGAUAUGAUCAUAUAUCAAAGGAACUUCAAAGUGCCAACCGCACCAUUGCCACUGUUUUCCCAGAACAAGUCCAUUAUGGAAUAGAUGAGGAUGAUAGUGAAGAAAGUUUCCCUGGACCAAAGUCAUCAUCAUCAUCAUCAUCAUCUCAAGACCCCAUCAAUCAAAUACCAAAAAAGGGCAUUCCUAAACCUCCAGAUAUACCAAAGGAUUUUAGAAAACAAUGUCCAGUUAGGAAGAUUGCUAACUCUGCAAAAUCUCCUCCAAUUAGUCCUACUUCAGGUCUGACUACGGCUGAAGCACUAACAGCAGUUGACAAGCUUCAGAAAGAAAUUUUGGCAUUGCAGACUGAGAAAGAAUUUGUUAGGAUCUCGUAUGAGCAUUCCUAUGAAAAGUAUUGGAAAAUUGAAGACAAGAUUACAGAAAUGCAGAGAAGAGUUUGCAAUUUUGAAGACGAGUUUGGCAUUAAUAAUAUCAUAGAAGAUAAUGAAGCACGAGCUUUGAUGGAAGCAACUGCUCUAAAUUCAUGCAAAGAAACCCUGCUUAUGUUGCAAGAGGUAAAGGCACAAUCAUCUGAAGAGGCUAAAGAAUCGUAUGAAAUUAUUAAGGAAGCUCAAGGCAAGCUUAAAAUCCUCAAAGAUUGGUUCUUUUCUGAAGAUAAAAGUGAACGAGACCCAAAAAGCACAGAGGAAGAAGAUAUGUUUAGCAUGGAAAAAGAAAUGCAUGAGUGUGAAGUUGGUGAAAAGCUUGAGAAAGAUUCAGGUAGUUCCCUCACUCUGGUAGAAAUGGCUGACAAGAUUGAUGACCUUGUAAAUAAGGUUGUUACACUAGAAACUGCAGUCUCUUCUCAGACUGGCUUAGUUAAGAGACUGGUAUCAGAAGCAGAAGAACUUCAAAAAAUUACACUCAUGUUGGAAGAGGACGAGGAAAAGCUGAUAGAAGAUACAGAAGAAACCAGAAAGAAGCUGGAAGAAGUUGAAGAAAAGUUGAGGACAGCUAAAAUUCUCAAUCAAAGAGUCAAAAUGCAAGAGAACAGCCUCCAAAGACUCUUUACUAGGGCUAGUUUUGAGCAUGAACAUCUUUCAGGAAAAAUAAAUAAUGUGAAGCACGAUGAGGAGGGAGAGAACUUGCUACUUCACAAAAACAGAAGUGCAUCAGAUGUAGAACUAAAAGAGGAGUCUGAAAAACCAGGUGAUGAUAACACAGAAACCAAGAAGGAUCUUAAGACUAAAAAGAAGAAAAAGGAUGAUUAUAGUGUGAAUCUUGGUUAUGUUAGAAAUGAAGAUAACAAGGACAAUUUGAAUAAAAGUAUUGGUUUAAUGAUUGAAAAGGAUCUUAAGACUAAAAAGAAGAAAAAGGAUGAUUAUAGUGUGAAUCUUGGUUAUGUUAGAAAUGAAGAUAACAAGGACAAUUUGAAUAAAAGUAUUGGUUUAAUGAUUGAAAAGGAUCUUAAGACUAAAAAGAAGAAAAAGGAUGAUUAUAGUGUGAAUCUUGGUUAUGUUAGAAAUGAAGAUAACAAGUACAAUUUGAAUAAAAGUAUUGGUUUAAUGAUUGAAAACAUUCCAGAGUUAACUCCGGUGAAUAAGGAUGAUUUUUCUGAGUCAAAGAGUAAUGUUGACACUGAAUCACUUGAUAAGGUAACUGGUGAGAAGGAUCAAACUAACUGGAGUCAGAUGUUUGCAAGUGGAUUGGAUGACAGAGAAAAGAUUCUGUCAGAAUUCAAUUCAGUUGUAAAGAACUACGAGGAUGUAAAGGGCAAACUCAAUGAUGCAGAGAAGAAAAAUCAGGACAACAUUUUGGAGUUAGCACUUCAGAUAAGAGAGUUGAAGGAUACUGUUGAAACAAAGGAAAAACAGAUCAACAUUUUACAGCAGAAGCUGACCUGCUCUGAAACAAAUCCUGAAGAAAGGCCUCGCAUCACUCUCCCAUAUUAUAACUACACAUCACCACUUCUUGGAAUUGCACCUCAUGAAACAGAGAAACAGGACACUGAAAAUCCAACUUCAAACACAGAUGCAGGUGCAGGUGCAGUUAGUACUUCUGAUGCAGAUCACCACCAACAAGGUGUUGAUAAAAGAACAAAGUUUGGCAUACUAGUGAAGGUGACAUCUAACCAGCAUAAAAGGAGCCGUUCACUUUCAAUCUUGGAGAAGAAAUUUCGUUCAGCCAUUAAUAUAUUGCUAGAGGAGAACCUUGAGUUCUGGAUGAGGUUCAGCACCUCAAUGCACCAGACACACAAGUUCCAAGAUUCCAUAGAGGACUUAAAAUGUGAGGUUAGAAGCAUAAGGGACGACAACAUGUCCAAUGAGAACUCAAAUAUCAUGCAAUCUGAAAUAAAAGCAAUAAUUAAACACCUGAGAGAGAUAAGAUCUGAGUUAUUACUAUGGCUGGAACACAGUGAAAUUCUGCAUGAAGAGUUACAACGUAGGCAUCCAUCACUGUGCACCUUACAAGAUGAAAUAGCAAGAGCAGCAACUCCAAAUUCUGCGUCGAAUAUGGCAGAACUGAGUGGGUUUCAGGCUGCAAAGUUUCAAGGUGAGGUUCUCAACAUGAAGCAGGAGAACAACAAGGUUCGUAAUCAACUGCAAGCAGGUGUCGUUUUUGUGAAGGGAUUGAAAGCUCAAGUUGAUAAGAUGCUAAAAAAACUGAGUAUAGAAAUAGGGGUUAACAAUCAAGAACAAAUUACAAAACAAUCCACAAAUCGUGCAAGAAUACCCUUGAAGUCUUUUCUGUUUGGUGUCAAGUUAAGGAAGCAAAGACAACCAGUCAUUGAAGGUGAGAGUCCAACAGAGCAGAGACAACACAGUGAUCAAGGAAUUGUUGAUGACCAUGACUAGAAUCAAAGACAAAAAUCAUUAAUCAAAUACAGGUACAACCAUAUU